GCCCGGCGUGCGACAGGAUCGCGCUCGGCCGCGUCCCUGGGAUCGCGACGGCGGCGCUGGCGAUUUCCGGGUUCACGCCGCUGCGGAGGCCAGCGGGCGGCGUCUGGCCCACUGCGGCGCCGAACGUCUUGCACUGGCUGGUGGGGGCGCGCGCUGCUGCAGCCGCGAGAGGAGAACCUCGCGGCGAGCCUGGGCAGGUGCCACUUCGCCACCGGCACGGCGGCUGGCACGGAGAUUCCCGCUCACACCCAAUUGCUGUCCGGGGCCCUGGGCGCGAAGAACGCUCCCGGCUCUGCGGACCAGGCCGCCUGCCCCUCGCCGAGUGGGAGGACGGCCGCGGCCGCUGCAGGCGCCUUACAGCCACGAGCGGCGUCGACCAGGGAGACCCACUGGCGCCGCUACUCUACGCAUGGUGGGUGAGGCUGCAGCUGGGCCAUAAAGUCGCGGCCUCUACAGCUGCGGGUUGA